AUGUCAGAUUUGGAAAGUUUGGGAGCACCAUCUGGUGAGCACCUCAUUACAACAAUCCACAGCUGGCCAAGGAAGAAACGUCCCAGGUCACUGGCACUUGAAGGACUGUGGGAGUCUGAGAACCUUCUGAGCCCCAGGCAGGAGAGGGCCUGUGUUGUUGGCAAUCAGGGACUUUAUCCACAUGCACAGGAAGGCGCAAAAACAGACAAGUAUAUGGAGAUAAUGACCCUCAUUGUCCAGAAGCUGGCUGCUUCCUUGAAAAGGUUGGUGGCUGCCGCAGAGAGCCGGGUUCAGCCCUCUCAGACCCUGUUGGAGAGGCUCAUACAUCUGCACUCCAUCGGCCAGCCAUUGGUCCUUAUGACUGAAACCACAGUGACAGGGGCACAGGACUCUUCCUCAGUGGGAUACAGGACAGUGCCAAGUGGCACCCAGCUGGAAAAGGAACCAUACACAAACCUUAACUGUCCCACGGAUUUCUAUAGCACAACUGAUGGAGAAUGUUUGCCAUGUAACUGCCAUGGACAUUCAGAACAGUGUCUUGAUGAUUCUGGAAUCUGCAUUAACUGUCAGAGUAAUACAACUGGGGAUCACUGUGAAAAAUGUCUUGAUGGAUAUAUUGGUGAUGUUGUCCAGGGUCAUCAUAAGUCUUGCCAGCCUUGUCCUUGCCCUCUGAGUAUACCUUCAAAUAAUUUUGCUAUUUCCUGUAAGAUUAAAGCUGACAAAUUACGUUGCUUGUGUAAGGAAAAUUACGCUGGACCCAGAUGUGAAAGAUGUGCUCCUGGUUACUAUGGAACACCUAUGCUGUAUGGAAGUAAUUGCAGAAAAUGUAACUGCAAUGGUAAUUCUGAUCCCAAUCUCAUAUUUGAUGACUGCAAUGAGGAAACUGGGCAUUGCCGUAAUUGUCUGAGAAAUACAACGGGCAUCCAUUGUGAACACUGUGCACCAGGGUACUAUGGGGAUGCUGUCACUGCUAAAAACUGCACAGACUGUCCCUGUCAGAAAUGUGGCACGGAUGAAUGUGAUCAUGCUACUGGGCAAUGUCGCUGUAAGCCAGGAGUAUCAGGAGCCUUCUGUGACCAGUGUGAGAUUGGUUACUAUGGAUACAGCAGUUGUUCUGGAUGUUUGAGAUGUGAAUGUGCUCUGGCUUCUAAGGAUGAAUAUUGUGACCCUUUGAGUGGACGAUGUAGGUGCCUACCUGGAGUCACAGGAAGGCGUUGUGACCGGUGUCUGUAUGGGUUCUGGAACUAUGGACUAAAUGGGUGCCAGAGAUGCAAUUGUGAAGGGCAAUGUGACAGUGAGACAGGAGAAUGUCUGUCAGCGCCCACCGAAUCCCCAACUGACUGCUCUGUUGUCAGAUGUGACAAGUGUAUCUGGGACUUAAUUGAAGACCUAAAAUUAUCAGGAGUAUCAUUAGGAGAAGCUAGGUCGAGUGUUCUAAACGUUAUUACUGGAGAUGCCAUUAAUAACCGCUUACAGGAAUUCAAUACCACAGCGAUUCACUUCAGUAUGCAGAUUGCAGACAGGAUAUCGCAAUCAGAAUCAAAGAAACUUCAAACAGAAGACAUUGAAGCAGCUAUGACGGACCUUAUUGCUGAUCUCAACGUGCUAUCUGAGAAGGAAAACAUAACCGCGUCGAAUGCACAGCUGUUUGACAAGGAAACUGCCAAAAUCGGUGACCAUGCAAACCAGAUCAAUGGGCAAAUUGGUGAUAUUGCCAAUUUGGUCCAAGAUAUUAUUGAAGGCCUAAAUAAAUAUGGAAAAGAAGAAGAACUAUCAGCUGAGGAAAUUAGCAAAAACUUUCAUGAGGCGAACCAGAUGUUGGAUGAGCUGAGAAACCGAGACUUUUCUGACCAAAAACCAUUGGCUGAAGAAGAAAGAGCAAAAGCCCGGAAUUUGUUAAAUCGUGUUCAUGGGUUUUAUAAUAAGCUGAUGGAAGCUAAUGACUCAAUUCGUAAAAUACAGGACAAUAUUACCAAAUACAAUAAUGAUAUCUUGGAUCUGAAGGAAGCACUUGAAGAUGCAAUCAAGACUGUUCAGGAGACAGAGGAGAAGAAUGAAAAUAACAUCAAGGGUUACCAAAGAAAAGAGAGACUACAAAAAGUAUUAAACAAACAUUUUGCUGCUGUUAAUAUGACCCUUCAAAUGGCUAGUAAUGGCUUGAUAGACACGGAAAUUGCUAUAUCCGAACUAGAAAAUAAGAUUACGAACUUGUCUACAUUCCAUGCCUCAAUAGAUGGUGCUCAAAACCUACUGAGGGAUAAACUGACUAAUCUCUCUACAUAUGACAAGCCCCUGGUUCUCCGAGCUCUAGACUAUGCUGAACAGCUUCGCAAGCUUGCAUUAGAAUUGGCCAAUAUUUUGAAGAGUAUUGAUGCAAAUGGUAUUGUCCAGAAAGCUAUAAAUGCUUCAAAUGUCUACGACAAUAUUGUCCAAUAUGUAGCAGAGGCUGAGAAGAAUGCAACCACUUUACUCAACGCUGCACAGAGAGCUGAGGACGCUGUGGAAGGAAUUCAAACACAGAACACGUGGCUCAGAAACAACAGUGAGGUGCUUUUGAAGAAAGUGAGGAAACAAGAUGAAGCCAUGAAGGACAAUCAUGAGACUGCUUUUCAGGAUACCAGGCGCCAUGUGGAUGCAGUAAUUGGCAAGAAAAAUUAUACAGUAAACCGUUUACAAAAUGCUGUAAACCAGUUGGCAUUGAUUGAGCCAAGUAAUAGGAACCGGUUGAACCAAUCAAAACUAAUUGCAGAAGAAGCAAAGGACACUGCUAAAAUGGUUCUGCAGGCUGUCAAUGAUAUGGGUGAAUUUUUGAAAGGCUGGCCUCAGAAUAUAAGUGCCUCUGCUGAAGAUGGGACUGCAUUCAAGAAGGCAGUGAGCUCAGCUGGUGACUCAGUGAAAAAUUUGACAGAAAUAGUUCCAAAACUCUUGGACAAACUUCGAAUUGUGGAACAGAAAAAGCCAGCCAGCAAUAUUUCUGCCAGCAUUUUGCGAAUUCGAGAACUCAUUGCACAGACACGCAAUGUGGCCAGCAAGGUUCAAGUCUCCAUGAAAUUUGAUGGCCAAUCCGCUGUGGAACUUCAUUCAAAAGCAAACUUGGAAGAGCUCAAGUCUUUUACUUCAUUGGGUUUGUUCAUGCGAGUUCCUUCAUUAAGUGAACAAGCUCAUGAUGCCAACAAAGACAGAUUCAUCAUGUACCUUGGAAACAAAAAUGGAAGACAAGAUUACAUUGGUUUGAGUAUUAAAAAUGACAAUUUAGUUUAUGUCUACAAUCUUGGAAAUGGAGAUGUUGAAAUUCCUUUGAACUCAAAGCCUGUGAGCACCUGGCCAAACUACUUCAAUUUAAUCAAAGUAGAAAGAGUUGGAAGGCAUGGAAAAAUACAGCUAACUGUACCCAGCCCAGGUAGCACAGAAGAGCAAAAAUUUAUCCAGAAAGGAGCAAGUGAAGGCAAUGAUUCUCUAUUAGAUCUAGAAGCUGAUAACUUGGUUUUCUAUGUGGGAGGAGUACCUCCACAUUUCCAGCUCCCUGCCAGCUUAAACUUUCCAGGCUUUGUUGGCUGUAUAGAACUGGCAACACUUAAUGAUGACAUAAUAAGCCUCUACAACUUCAAGCGGACAUACAACCUGAACACAACAGUUGAGCGACCCUGUACAAGGUACAAACUUGCUUUUGCCCAGAGUAGAACAGCAAAUUUCUACUUUGAUGGCUCAGGCUAUGCUUUUGUACGUAACAUACAAAGGAGAGGGAAAUUCAACAUAGCAACUCGAUUCAAUCUAGACAUUCGCACACCAGCUGACAAUGCCCUCCUGUUACUGAUGGUGAAAGGGAAUACGUUCUUCAGUAUGGAAAUGCAAAAUGGUUAUAUACGCUUGGUUUAUGACUUUGGAUUCAGCAAAGGCCCCAUUGUUCUUGAGGAUACUGAUAAGAAGAAACGUAUAAAUGAUGCAAAAUAUCAUGAGGUCUCAUUCAUUUACCACAACUACAAGAAGAUGAUCCUACUGAUUGACAGAAUCAAUGUAAAAAGUGUUGAAAAUGAAAAGAAGAGCAUGUAUUUUACAGACGUCUAUGUUGGUGGAGCUCCUGAUCAGGUCUCAUCAAGUCUGAAGUCCUACAUAGCUACGGAUGCUGGAUUUCGAGGUUGUCUCAGGAGUUUCCAGUUCCAAAGACGCGACUUCAAUAUUCUAGAGGAAGACGAGACAUUAGGGAUCAGCAAUGGUUGUCCAGAGGAAUCACUUAUGUCCCGCAUGGCCUAUUUCAAUGGGCAGGGUUUCAUCUCUUCCAGUGAAAAGAUCACACCAUUUUCAAACUUCGAAGGAGGCUUCAAUUUUAGGACAUUUCAGUCUAAUGGAUUGCUUUUCUACUACAAUGAAGGAUCUGAUAUCUUCUCCCUCUCCCUGGAUAAUGGUACUGUCAUUUUCAAAAUGAAAGAAACAACAAUGCAAUCAACAAAGAAGCAAUAUAAUGAUGGAUGGAAUCAUUUUAUUAGAGUAACCGUCUCUCCAUCAAGUUGUCAAUUAGUAGUGGAUGAUGAGGAUCAAACAACAAAUGAUUGUCCCACGGAAGAAUCAGUCCACCCAAAAGGAAAAUUCUACUUUGGAGGUUCAGUCCAUGACCAAUAUGUUAACUUCACAGGCUGUAUCAGCAAUGCUUAUCUGAGCAGAACUGAGAAAGAUAUUGCAGUAGAAGAUUUCCAGACAUAUGCUGAAAAGGUGCAAACCUCUCUACAUGGAUGCCCAGCUGAAACUCAUCCAGCAGCAAUUAUUCAGAAACAUCAAAAGUAUGCUGCUAAAGCCAAGAGAGGUCGAGGUAGAAAGGUGAACAGUGGCACAGCAGAAUUACGAAAAGUUGCAGUAAUCUACAGUGGAAAGCCAAAAGGAAAUGACCUGCAUGAAGUGGCACGCUGCUAUCUACCAACUAAUCCCAAGACAAUCCAAUAUGCCCAUCAAUAUGGUGGCAUUCCUAACAGUCGGCAGGAGAUUUUUGGAAUCCCUGAAUAUUUCAAUCGCAAAUCCCACUUCUCUGUCAGUAUCAGAACCAAAUCUUCACAUGGACUUAUAUUUUAUGUGGCAAAUAAAAAAGAAGACCAGUUCAUGACACUUUUUAUUGCCCGUGGUCAUCUUAUUUACUCAUUCAGUAAUGGUCGUGAAAAAUUGAAAAUAAGAAGUUUAGAGAAAUAUAAUGAUGGUCUCUGGCACAAUGUUAUCUUCACACAUGAAAAUAAUAAAGGACGUUUAAUAAUAGAUGGUCUCCACAUUCUAGAGGGUAGUCUCAUCAGUCCUGUUUAUCCAUGGAAUGUAACUGAACCAUUUUAUGUAGGUGGUGUGCCAUUGGGAAAAGCUGCCAAAAACAUUCAGGUCAAGUCAAUCCAAAGUUUUAAUGGCUGUCUUCGGAACUUCCAGCUAAACAGGUGGCGGUUGUUACCCGCUAGUCAGAUGUUUGGUGUUACACCUUGCUUCGAGGGUCCGACUGAACCCGGAACAUACUUUUCCGCAGAAGGAGGAUAUGUGAUUUUGGAUGAUUCAUUCAAUUUAGGAUUACAGUUUGAGCUUGUUUUUGAAAUUCGUGCAAGAAAUCAUUCAGGAAUACUGUUACAUAUUCACAGUUACCAGCGGAAGUACCUGAAUCUCUUCAUGGAAUAUGGACAGGUAAUAUUAAAAGUCAGCAAUGGAACUGCAGAAUUUAAAACAUCAGUGUCUCCAAAGCAAAGUCUGUGCGAUGGCCGAUGGCAUCGAAUAGCAGUUAUCAGAGCAUCAAAUGUUGUGCAGUUGGAUGUCGACUCUGAGGUGAAUCACUUAGUGGGGCCAAUAAGUUCACGCCCUUUCAAUACCAAGGAGCCAGUAUUUGUUGGAGGAGUGCCAGAGUCACUACUCAGCUCGAAACUAAGCAUGCGCCAGUCAUUCACUGGUUGCAUGAGAAACUUCAACAUCAAUGAAACUCCUGUCAUUUUCUCCAAGGCUGCUCUGGUCAGUGGAGGAGUCAGCAUCAACUCAUGCCCUGCAGUUUAAUGCUUGCAAACACUGCUUCUGCAAUCUUUACACAACUGCCUGAAAGAAAAUUGAGGCAAAAUCACAAUUUCACAUCUGGGGGUGCAGUAAUGCAUCUGAAUUGAAUCAACUGUCAAGUCACAUCCUCCAUCUCAUUGUUUUUUCAGUUUGUCCAUGCAUUUCUUUUAUUUUAAUUUUUUUUCCGACAAUUUGGAACCAAUAAAGUUACCUUUUCAUUUUGUCAUGAUCAGGCUUGAAAGUAUUACAAAUGCAAAUUUAUGUCAUCAAAGACUCAAAAUGUUAAUUUCAGAUACUGAACACGAGAUUGCAAGGUUGAUUUGCUAAUAAUACCAAUAGCUAAUACCAGUGAUAAUGAUGUGACUUUGCUGUAAGAAAGCCAAGCAGUGGCUCAGAUUAAUUUCUCUUUAUCCCUAUAAGUCUUCACACACAACUAUUUAUAGGUAUGGAUGGUUUAUAGGUAAAGAUCACACACCUUGCUAGUUAAAUGAUUCAUGUUAGUUAUUUGGUUGCUUCUUACUUCCUCAAACAACGCUAAUUAGUUAAUCAAACACCAAUUUCCUUUCAUAAAGCCAUGUGGACUUCAUUUGGUGGAGAUUUCUUUUUACGUCUUCUGCCAGAACCUGCUUAAUACUGCAAAAGAUUCCAGCAUUUUUCCUGAUGAAAGAUGCUACGUUAACUGGUCUAUUGUUUCUUACCUUCUGUCUCCCCUCCCUCUUCAAUAGAAGAAAUACAUUAGCUAUUUUCCAAUCAGAUGGGACCUUUCCAAAAUCUUGGCAACUUUGGAAAAUUUAGAGAUAAUAAGAACUGCCGAUGCUGGAGUCAGAGAUAACACAGUGUGGAGCUGGAGGAACACAGCAGGCCAGGCAGCAUCAGAGGAGCAGGAAAGCUGACAUUUCGGAUCAGGACCCUUCUUCAGAAAUGGGUCCAGAAAUUGGAAAAUUUACACUACUUCAGCAGCCACUCAUAAAAUGCUCAAUAACGUCCAUCAAGACCUAUAUCAGCCUUUAGUACUUUUCUCAAUACCCUUUCCCAGGUGAUCGUAGCUCCUUAAAGUUUCUCCCUCAUUUUUACUUAUUGAUUUCUAAUUUUUUCCUUUGCCUUUCAUAGAAAUGAUUAAUACAAAAGAUCCACUUUUCCUAUUUUUUUUGUCAGCAUUUGCUUUGCUUUUAUACUCUAUGCAAACCUCUGACCUGCCAGUCAAAUUUGCAGAAUUCUGCAAUUUUUCUCCAUUUGAUACUAUCUUGUUAAUAAUCGAUGUGUCCUUCCCCAAGAGAUUUUCUUUCUCAUUGAGAUGUACCUUUGCUGGGUAUCAUGAAAUAUCUGUCUAAAUGUCUGUCACUGCAUCUAUAUAGACGUAUAUUUUAAACUACUCAAAUAAACGCAAAGUACUAUGGAUCCUGGAAAUCAGAAAUGAAAACAGUGCAGGAGAAACUCAGUGGGUCUGGCAGCAUCGGUGAAGAGAGCACAGUUAACAUUGAGUCCAAUGACUCUU